AUGACGACGACGACGACGACGCACCUCGCGCGCGUCGAACGCGCGACGACGACGACGACGCGCGCGACGACGGACACGGACGACGAUAAAACGAAGAGCAUCACCGACGCCGAACUCGAGCGCAAUCUGAGCAAGUUCGUCAAGAAGACGGCGACGACGUUCGCGCCGAGCUCGUCGGGGGAGGCGAAGAAGAAGAAGAACCCGGCGUACAAGGGAAGCGUUUUGUACACGGUGUUCGAGGUACAGGCGUAUCUGGCCGUCAUCGUCGGUGGAUUGUUGGCGUUUAAUGUGAUAUAUCCGUCGGAUGAACCGUCGAUCGCGCGGUUGAUGGGGAUGUGGAGCUUGUGGAUGUUUACGGUGCCGAGCCUGCGGGCGCGGGACUGCGACGCCAAGGAAAAGGACGCGUUGAAUUUGUUGUUUGUGGCGAUGCCGUUGGUGAACGUGUUGAUUCCGUUCGUGUGGAAAUCGUUUGCGGGGGUGUUUUCGGCGGAUGUGCUGCUCAUGGCGGUGGUGUACGCGCAGAAGGGGGUGUUCGCGGGUGAGGCGGACGUCGUCGGCGACGAGUCGUCGGCGGUUGAGGAAAAGUAG